AUGGUUCCAAGGAAGCGAGAUAAUCUCGAAUACCCGGGUGACUUAAUUCCUUCUCUUACUGCUUAUGCUGUGAGCAUGUCCCUUUCAAUAUGGAUGGAUAACGUGGAUUAUGAGAAAGAUGACAUCGUGACCAGAUACUGCUCAGAAGGAACAAGAACUACUGUCAUGAUGUUAUUCACAGCCCACAAGGCUACUGAAAGAUGUCGUGACUUCAUUAUCAUUACUAUCGAGGCAAAAGCGACGAAGAAGGGACUGGCUGGGAAUGUCAAGAUAAUUGAUUUGUGUCUCGAUAGUAAGAGCUCGGCGACUCAACCGAUAGCCAUUGCUAAGGUGUCAUCCUCAAUAUCCGCCGUUAUACUUCAGGAGGAUCUGUUCCCAAUUGCGAAACAGUACUGGCAAUUUCGGAGACAGGAUCUCAAGUCGACAAGCAGAGUUCUUGAUGGAUUCUGCGCACACCGCACCGGCAUCGCAGACGUAGGAACAGUCGCAGCCGAUAGCGAAUUACGAAGACGCCCAAGAGGGUAUCAAAGAGAUUCCGCCAUAGAUCGUCGUCGAACAUCUCCCGAAGCAGAGAAGAACCACAAGGCCGCAACAGAGAGCUGGGAAGAAACGCAGUUCCUGGAGGAGCGAUUUGGACCAAACUUAGAUCUCUCAUUUGUCGACAACGCCAGAAUAGCGAUUCGUCGACGCCUAGCAGGCUACCUGGUAGAUGAAAUGGAUCCUACAUCUACAGCUGCAGUCGAAAAAUCGAGCUCACAAACCAAUUCACGGGGAGUGACCGGACUGUCCGACGACGACGUUUACCUCUACCCGUGCGGCAUGGAUGCCAUUUUCAAUACGCACUGGUUGCUGCUCGCGGUCCGAGGCCAACGGAAGAGCAUCUCGUUUGGUUUCCCGCAUGCCGACACCUUGAAAGUCUUGCAGAAGUUCGGCCCGGGAUGUCUGCUCUACGGGCAUGGCUCCUCGGAUGAGCUGAACGACCUAGAAGCCCGCCUGCGGGCUGGCGAACGGCACCUGGCCUUGUUCUGCGAAUUUCCCGGGAAUCCAAUGCUGAAGAGCUCCGAUCUCCGGCGCAUGCGCCAAUUGCCCCACAAGUAUGACUUCGCUGUGGUGGUGGACGAGACGAUUGGCAACUCGGUCAAUGUCCAGCUCCUUGCCCGGGCCGACGUGGUGGUCAACAGUCUCACGAAGAUAUUCUCAGGCGACUGUAACGUGAUGGGUGGCAGCGCUAUCCUAAAAUACGAAAGCCGGUAUUAUUGGCCACUGAAGCGGGCGUUCGAAGCGGAUUUCGAGGAUGACAAUUAUUGGGUCGAGGACGUUUUGUUCAUGGAGCGCAAUAGCCGGGACGUCGUGGCGCGCAUCAGGAUAAUAAACGACAAUGCUGAGGCCAUCUGCCAAGUUUUGCAAGCCCAUCCGCUAGUCAAGGACGUCUGUCACCCCAAGUAUAUUCCGACGAAACGUUUCUAUGAUGAGUGUCGGACCCCACGGGCGGAAGAACAUACGGUGGCAUCCUUUGAUCGCAUCGAGACGGCCAAAGGGCCGAGUCUCGGCACGAAGUUCACCUUGACGUCGCCUUAUGUUCUUCUCGCGUACUAUCGGGAGUUAGAGUGGGCCGCGGGGUUCGGCGUACCGGCCGAUUUGCUGCGCGUUAGUGUCGGGGUCGAGAUUGUGGAGGAUCUCAAGGCUCGGUUUGCGUUUGCGCUGGAAGCGGCCGAAGCGAUCGGGUCGGGCACCGUGUGA